AUGGCGAAGUUGGCAGCUAAAUAUCUACUCUCCAAUUACUCGCCAUUGCAGAUAUGGGACUACGAAACUGGUGAAUUCGAGCGCUCACUGAAAGGUCAUACGGAUUCGGUGCAGGAUAUUGCUUUCGACAAGACCGGGAAAAUGCUUGUCUCGUGCUCGGCUGAUAUGUCGAUCAAAGUGUGGGAGUUUGGCGGCUCAUACGCGUGCGUCAAAACAUUGAAAGGUCACGAUCACAAUAUUUCAUCUGUUUGCUUUUUGCCCUCCGGUGACGCAAUUCUAUCAGCGAGCAGGGAUCACACCAUCAAGCUGUGGGAGGUAGCUUCCGGUUAUUGUGUGCAUACAUUCCGAGGACAUUCAGAAUGGGUACGAAUGGUGCGGGUCUCACCAGAUGGCGUACUUUUUGCCUCCGCGAGUAACGAUCAGGUAAAUGAGGGUAUUUUUUGCUGGACUCAUUUCGACCGACAGACGUCAUCAAAGAAUUGUAAGAAUAUUCUCUGGUUUUUUCGGCGGAACUUGACAUUGAAAUAUCUUCGGGAUGGUUUGGUCCGCUGCAGUCGGAGAGUCAAAGCUACUUUACGUGAACAUGAGCAUGUCGUUGAGUGUAUUGAAUGGGCUCCGGACACUGCAUUGGCGCCUAUCAGGACAGAAGCUGGUCAUAAGGCGAAUGGUGAUCUUGGCGCUGGUCCAACACACGUAGUCGUUAGUGGUUCAAGAGAUAAAAUGAUAAAGAUUUGGGAUGCGUUGACGGGUACGGUGAUGUUCUCCUUGAUUGGGCACGACAACUGGGUACGAGGGCUGCGCUUCCAUCCUCGUGGCAAAUUCCUUGUCUCGGUUGCGGAUGACAAGACGUUACGAGUUUGGGAUAUAGCACAGCGACGUUGUGCAAAGACGAUUGACGCUCACCAACAUUUCGUUACUAGUGUUGGUAAGUGGUUUGCAACUUCUCUAAGCUUUUCCCUUCAUUUUUGA